GUUAGGGAUACAGCGAUCUGGACGCGCUUCCCUAGACUGAUACAUCUGAAACAGAUUCACAAUUUUACAGUGGAUUUAAUAGUUUUUACCACUUUGUCAUUUCCAGAGAGCUGCCCCCUAGCAGAAUGGACCUGCUGCCUGACAUAUGGAGGCAGGAAUACUGGCUUCCUCCAGGUGUGACAUGGAGAGACGUGGAACAGCUGGCAGAAUCUGACCGGCCCCGACCCCACGACCUCCUCGUGGCUCUGCCCCUCGCGCUUGGCUUCGUUGCCCUACGCUACGUGUUUGAGAGGUUUUUUGCCCCACCCAUGGGCAGAUGUUUGGGGGUAAAAAAAAGGCUUCAAGUGACUGCUGCCCCUUCCCCAAAGCUCGAGGUGUUUUACUCCCAGAGGAGCAGACAGCCGACACAGAGUGAUAUUGUCAGUUUGAUGUCGCUGUGUGGAAAGACCCAGAGGGAGAUUGAGAGGUGGUUCAGACUCCGCAGGAACCAAGACAGACCCUGUCAAACCAAGAAGUUUGGAGAAGCUGCUUGGAGGUUUUUUUUCUACCUCACAGCCUUUAUGUCUGGACUGGCCUGCUUGGUUGUUAGACCGUGGUUCUGGGACCUCAGGGAAUGUUGGAGGAGAUAUCCAUUUCAGCCCAUGGAGAGAGCUCACUACUGGUACUACAUGUUGGAGUUGGGGUUCUAUGGCUCGUUGCUCCUAAGGAUCUCUGUGGACAUCAAGAGGAAGGAUUUUAAAGAACAGGUCAUCCACCAUUUGGCCACCAUGUUCCUGCUCAGCUUCUCCUACUGUGCCAACUACAUUCGCAUCGGCACCUUGGUCAUGCUGCUUCAUGACUCCUCUGACAUCCUGCUCGAGUCUGCCAAGAUGUUCAACUACGGCACUGGCUGGAGGAAGACUUGUGACACGCUGUUCGUUGUGUUUGCUGUGGCCUUCCUUGUGACCAGACUAGUGAUUUUCCCCAGCAAAAUCAUACAUACCACCCUGGUGCUGUCAAUGGAGGUAUUUGAACCUUUUUUCGGCUAUUACUUCUUCAACGUCCUGCUGAUGGUGCUGCAGGUUCUUCACAUAUUCUGGGCGGGCUUAAUCUUACGCAUGGUUUAUAAGUUCCUGAAAGGCAAGUUAGAAAAAGAUGAACGAAGUGAUGAAGAGAGCGAGAUUGAAGAGGAAGAGGGCGAUAAAGGAGGAGAAGAAAAUAUGGAUCAAGGAGAAGAUUAUUGUUGGGAGAAAAGUAAAAACACCCUAAACUCCCAGCUGUCUAUGCUGACCAACAAUUGUGUCCUUAAUAACUUGACCAAUCACAGGGCGUCUGUAGCCGACAGGAUGCGUAAAGCUCAGUAAAGUAUUGAUGACUAAUGCUUUUAUGAAGUCCCAUGUUUAUGUUCAGUAUGUAUAAUACUUUGCCGUCUUUACGUCAGCCUAUUGAUCCUUUUAGGUAACUGGCCAGUGGCGGGGAAUCACGAUUGUUUAUUGUAAAACUGUUAGCAGAGGAUGGUUUCGAUCCAUCGACCUCUGGGUUAUGGGCCCAGCACGCUUCCGCUGCGCCACUCUGCUACACAGCCUGGUGUGGACUCAGACCAACAAUGGCUGGCUUAGGAGGACAAUGCCUUAUUCAUUAGGCCACUGGGGCGGGUGCUAUAGUGCACAAUGUUUAAACACCCAGAUACUCAUUUAUAAAUCACUUUUCAAUGCACAGGGAUGGUAGUAGGUGUGUGAAGUCAGAUCAGGGAGUCGUGAAAGUGUUCAGUCCCUGUCUGGUUCCUUCUUUGUAGCCUACACUGUUGUUUACACUUUUGUAAUACAGUAAGUUCAAAAAAUACUUGUUUAUUAACAAAAAUGAAAUUGUGACUCCAAUAGCCGAUGUAAGACCCAGCAUAUAGGCACAAGUGGAUGUUUAAUUAUGUAAAAUAUGACUUUUGUGACA